AUGGAUAGUUUGAAGAAGAUGAAAAAAUAUAUUUGCAGUGUCUAUCUGUUUUUGGCCAUAGGAGUGGCUAGCAGCAUGAUAGACCGUGUGCAUGGAAGUUCUUUGAGCGAAACGUCCGAAAUGGAAGUGGACGAGUCCUCCUGCAUUAUGGACCUUCUGCAGAAUAUUGAUAGCCCAAUGGAAACCAUUCCAACAAAAGAAGACCUCGACCGUGCUAUUACCGCUUCCCUAAACGAUCCUGAUUUGGAUUGUUUCUUCGAGUUUGUCAAGAGCCUGGGCCCUUCCAUUAGGUGGAAGCAGCAGGCUCUUCUGCACAUAAAGAAGAACCUGAGAAAAUACCCGAAACUACAUAAAAUACCCGGGUGGACCGUGAAUAAACUGGACCAGAUGCUUAGAUUUAUUUCUGAGAACAUAAAAGAGCUCAGCACGGAAGAAGACAGCCAGAACAAGAUGCAAUAUAAUGGCGUAAAUUUGCAUUUCAGAGUCAAAAGCGGCUAUAUGAGCUAUGAGUGCCGGUAUAAAACCGAACACUUAGACAAUGCCAGGGACCGCAUAAUUGGCAUGCAGAGAAAAGGCUUCGAAAACAAGGACUUGGGUGCAGCGAUAUAUCUUCUUUUUUCAGUGGCCGAAAUAGCAUUCGACUUUUCCGUGCAGCAAAAUAAGAUAAUUCUCUCCCUGAUAGACGAGUGUAAAGACAGCACGCCAAAGGGAAACUACAUUGACAAAAAUAUCUACGAUUUCUGCGGGGCUUCUAUGAAAAGGGAGGAGAUGUUUAACAUUAUCCUUCAGCUGAAUAUGCUGCUAAAUGCUUUUUAUAGCAAUGUAUUGAAUGAUGUGGAGUUGGAAAAAUAUUACGGCGAAACCACAGAAAAGAUAGUCAACAGCCUGAACUCCAUGUUCUUCUCCGACACGGGAAAGCAGGUUCCGUACAUGGAAAUUACAAAAGGCAGCAUUUCGCGGCUCUAUUCUAUGCUAUAUCGGUUUUUCGCGCUGUUUUAUGCCAUAUGCCCAUAUGCGGGUGAAAACAUGGUGGAAUUCGUGGGGAAGGACAAGGUAGUUACCGAGAAGUACUACAAGAACUUCUACCGCAUAAACAACAGAACCAUGGAGCUCGUGUUUAAUCUGGACUUUGUUUGCCCUAAAAAGACCGAAGUACAGGCUACAGGGAACCGUCUUCCCUCCAGCAGAAUAAAGCUGCAUCGAGUGAACUACGUGGACAACAGCGAGAGAAUGCAAAAGCCGGUUAUAAUCCCCAUGACCCCGCACGGAAUCCCGUGCGCAACAAUAAUAGCUCAGAUUUCGCAGAUGUACGGCCGACCACAGAGCAACAUACACGUCCUGGGGCUUAACCCGAAAACCCGCAAAUGGACAUACAGAAGCCCGCACGACACGAUGUACUUCACUGAGUCCUUGCCGGGCUCUGAGAUUUUGGUGUUCUACUACAUAUCCGAGGCAAACUCCCCGAAUUGCAUUAUUAACGGUGUGCUUGCCGAGUAUGCGUCGUACCACUGCAAGGAAUCGAUGGACUCCAGGCCUCUGCGAUUUCCGCUGAUUAUUGACUUCAUGAUGGUGUGCGCGACAAGAAAGCUGACACUCCAGAGAUCUGCAAUGAUUGAGAGCGCAGAGUUUGUCGAUUCCAUCCCCUGCUUAAAGGACCUUGUUGACCGUGAAGCAUAUGUCUUUAUGGAUUCCGCAGACUUGUCAAGCGUUGAACUGUAUCCGCAGAUGAAGGCUGAGUUCUUAGAGGACAGCGAGUCUCUGGACAUGGACAUGCUUUUCGCAAAAGGCAAUCUGGUCACAGAAAGGUCCAAAUUCAGCGACGCCGAUGGAUGGACAGACAUCAUGUACUCCACAAGAAUCACCAACUUCUGCCAGCAUUCCAACAUAUACAUGGACGACUUUACAGCGAGCUAUCUUUCUAGCGCGCCGGGGGUUAAGGACUCAUACGGAAACACAAUAAAAAACAUUGUAUUCAGUUCAACAGAGCCUGUAACAUGCAUCUUUAACAUGAGGGAACAAAACUACCAUAACAAACUAGUGUAUACAUGCCUAGACAGGGAGCUGCAUCUAAACCACGAGAAAAUGCGCAAAUCACUGUGCUUCUACCCGUCGGUCGUUUCAGAAACCAGCCUUGUGACAAUGGAGCCAUCAGCCGAAACUUGCCUGCAAGCAAUAGGCGUACACGGCAAACUGCUAAUCUAUUUGUUGAACUAA